GGGGCGCAGAAGAGAGAGAGAGCGCGGCGCUUGCUCUGGGCUGGGGGAGGCGGCGGCGGAGAAGGAGGAGGAGAAGGAGGAGGAGCGGGGCCAGCGGGAGGCAGCGGCGGCGACCCGGCUGGGGUGAUGGUGCAGGUGCCCGGGUUCGGCGCGGAGCUGCCGGGCUGAGGGGCGCCUAGUCCGGGGUCCGCAGCGCCGCGGCGUCUCUCCCGGGGGCGGCGGGCGGGCGGGAAGAUGCUGAGCAGGUUGAUGAGCGGCAGCAGCAGGAGCCUGGAGCGCGAGUACAGCUGCACCGUGCGGCUGCUGGACGACAGCGAGUACACCUGCACCAUCCAGAGAGAUGCCAAAGGCCAGUACCUGUUUGACCUUCUUUGCCACCACCUGAACCUACUUGAGAAAGACUAUUUUGGGAUCCGCUUUGUGGACCCAGAUAAGCAGCGGCAUUGGUUGGAGUUUACGAAGUCCGUGGUGAAGCAGUUGAGAUCCCAGCCUCCAUUCACCAUGUGUUUCCGUGUGAAGUUUUACCCUGCAGACCCUGCUGCCCUAAAGGAAGAAAUAACCAGGUAUUUAGUCUUCCUGCAGAUCAAAAGGGAUCUCUACCAUGGGCGCCUGCUCUGCAAAACGUCAGAUGCCGCCUUGUUAGCGGCUUAUAUCCUUCAAGCGGAGAUUGGAGAUUAUGACCCAGGAAAACACCCUGAAGGCUACAGCUCAAAGUUCCAGUUUUUUCCUAAACAUUCAGAGAAGCUGGAAAGGAAAAUUGCUGAGAUUCACAGAACAGAACUCAGUGGUCAGACACCAGCAACAUCAGAGAUGAACUUUUUAAGAAAAGCGCAGACAUUGGAGACAUACGGAGUGGACCCUCACCCAUGUAAGGACGUGUCAGGAAAUGCUGCAUUUCUGGCCUUCACUCCUUUUGGAUUUGUUGUUCUUCAAGGAAACAAGAGGGUCCACUUCAUUAAAUGGAAUGAGGUGACCAAGCUGAAAUUUGAAGGGAAGACUUUCUAUUUAUACGUAAGUCAGAAAGAGGAAAAGAAAAUUAUUCUCACAUAUUUUGCUCCAACUCCAGAAGCCUGCAAGCACCUCUGGAAAUGUGGGAUUGAGAACCAAGCCUUCUACAAGCUGGAGAAGUCAAGCCAAGUCCGCACAGUGUCCAGCAGCAAUUUAUUCUUUAAAGGGAGCCGGUUCCGAUACAGUGGCCGAGUUGCAAAGGAAGUAAUGGAAUCGAGUGCCAAGAUCAAACGGGAGCCACCAGAAAUCCACAGAGCUGGGAUGGUUCCCAGCCGCAGCUGUCCCUCCAUAACCCAUGGCCCAAGGCUGAGCAGUGUCCCCAGGACCCGGAGAAGAGCUGUUCACAUCUCCAUCAUGGAAGGCCUAGAGUCCCUUCGGGACAGUGCCCAUUCCACCCCGGUGCGUUCCUCCUCUCAUGGGGACACCUUCCUGCCUCAUGUGAGAAGCAGCCGGGCAGACAGCAACGAGCGAGUCACUGUGAUCGCAGAUGAGGCCUACAGCCCUGCAGACAGCAUGCUGCCCACCCCUGUGGCUGAGCACAGCCUGGAGCUGAUGCUGCUUUCCCGGCAGAUCAAUGGGGCCACCUGCAGCAUCGAGGAGGAGAAGGAGUCUGAGGCCAGCACCCCAACUGCUGCAGAUGUGGAGGCCCUUGGGGGAGAGCUGAGGGCCCUGUGUCAGGGGCACGGCAGGCCAGAGGAGGAACAGGUGAAUAAGUUUGUUUUAAGUGUCCUCCGUUUGCUCCUUGUGACCAUGGGACUCCUCUUUGUUUUGCUCCUCCUCCUGAUCGUCCUUACCGAGUCUGACCUUGACAUUGCCUUUUUCCGAGAUAUCCGCCAGACCCCCGAGUUUGAACAAUUCCACUAUCAAUACUUUUGUCCCCUCAGGCGAUGGUUUGCCUGCAAAAUCCGCUCAGUGGUGAGCCUGCUCAUUGACACCUGAGAAGGCAUGACUCCUCCUAAUAACUAGCCAGGUGGACCAAGGAGCCCGGCUACCCAUUCCCAGCAAUGGGAUCCAUCGCGGAACCAUCGGCACAUGUACCAAGUCCUCCUUUCAUGACUCAAAGUCCACAGCCUGGGAGGGUUGUUUCCCAGAAGAAGAAAGGGAUAGGCUCAUGCCCUGUCUAAACAAACUGGGAAAGCUCAUUUCCUUCAGAGGUUCUCUCAAGACUCGGCAACUCUGUUUCUCAUCCUCCCAAUUUGCAGGAUAACUUUUGGUUUUGAAUUUUGAUUUUUCAUAGAUAUGUAUUACUUUGAAAGUAUCAAAUAAAAAUAAUUUAUUUUAUUAUUACUGAUGAUCACAGUAGUGUCGCCUAGCAGAUGGGACACUAGUUGAAGACUAGAGAGCUGUUGUCUUCUGUGUUCUGCGGGAGCUUUCCUACUGGGUUCCAGUAGACUCAUCACUGCAGCCUCAGUGGGGCAGAACAGUGGUCUGACAGUGGAGACUGUCUCAGUUUUCUUGCCAGACAGAGCUUUUUAAAAAGUAAACGUCCAUGUAGAAUGAUUAAAUGGAAAGUUGCUUCUUAUGGUCUGAGUUGGAUUUUCUUUUCCUUUUGUUUUUUCAAAUCUGAGCAGAGUGGGCAUCUGAAGGGACCACCGCUACAGCAGCAGCAGCAGCAGGGGUGGGGUAAGUCUGUCCCCUUAGACUAGAUCCUAGUGGGCAUCACUAUGAGUUUUGUAUAAUGAACUUUGACUUCUGUGAUUUUUUUCUGAAGAACCUCAAGACUUUUAUAUGCUCCAGAGGCGUUAGAUGAAUUCAGUGGUACCAGAGAUAGAAAUGUUGGACAAAUGUAGUUAACAGAAGCCAGAGCUAAGGUACCUGAGACACUGUUGAGAUGCAGAGAGCAGUGCUUAUUUUGUACAAACCCCCACCAAAAAAAAGACUA